AGUCAGAGAGGCAAAUAGUGAAGUGCAGAGGAAAGCGACAGGCAGUCGUCUCCAGAGAGUGCCUGAGAGCAAUGGUCAGUCCACUGACAACAACUCAACAUCCGGACAGUAAGGAAGAGGGAGGUUUUUCAUACUGCAGCCUGCCCUGGGGCCUCAGAAAUCAUCUGCCUUCUUCACAGCAAUGCCUGCACCACAUACUGAACCAAGGACAAAGUUUCUUCACUGCAUGUAGUCUGAUUUGCACAUGGACACUGUAAGUCCUCUAUGCCUUUCCACCUUUAACCUUCUGGAUCAAGGGAUACAAUUUGAAGUUUCACUGUCCACUCUUUUCUGAAGUUGCUUGGAAGUUUCCAUGCAAGUUUUGUAAAUAUGCUGCCUGUGGUUUUUGUGACAUGGUGGGUCUGGGUGUUGCUUGGAAGCAUAGGGGGACAGUCCCAAUCUCAGCAUCAAUCUCAGACUGACGACUCAAACCCAUGGAGACAGAUGAUUCAAUGGGAGAACAAUGGACGUGUGUUCAGUCUUCUCAACAGUGGGGCUGAGUACGUCCCGGCUCGGACUCAGGAGCGUGACAGGAACCCCCGAGUGCUUUUAGCAGACGCUCCCAACCGUCGAUCACAGGGUGGGAAUGUACGGAGGCAAGCACCCUCCAGAGGAAGCUCUGAGACUGUGAGAGGCCAAGCCAGACAUCCGUUUGGGUUUGGCCAGGUGCCGGACAACUGGCGUCAAGGUGCAGCUGGAACAGGUGAAACAAGUCGCUUUCAGUCAUCUACCGGCUCUCGCUUUAGACCAUCCUCUGGCUCAUCCUCCUCCUCCUCCUCAUCCUCUUCUUCUUAUCCACAGUAUCCGUUCCCUCAACAACCUCCUUAUGACUCGGUUCUGGACAGGUCAUACGAACCUCCCUUCCGUGGAACGGGGUACUCCACUGGCACUGGUGGUGGCUAUGCAGGAGGAGGAUAUGGAGGAGGUGGGUACUCUACUGGAAGUUUUGGAGGAGGUAGCUAUAAUGGAGGGGGUCCUGCAACCGAAGACAGGUAUCGAUACUAUCCCCCUUACGGUCAACCAUACCAAGCUGUUCCUGCUCAGCCUGCACAGCCACCGGUCUCUGAUGGAUUGGACCACAGGUACACGCACAGUCUGUACAACGAGGACUCUCGAGAUGCUGCAGUACCUGUCUCUAGCAACACAGGCUCAUCGUUCCAGCCUGCGAUGCAAAGCCCCCAGUAUGAACAGUUCCCCCCCUUUGGAAGGCCCCAACCACAGCCUCCGUUUGUGCAACCACCUCCACGCAACUCUCUCAUCUCUAACAACGCAGAGAGCCCGAACAUGAAUGCAGGGAGUGUUUAUCGUCCUCAGCAAAGAGGUUUGCCUGACCUGGUUCCUGACCCGAAUUAUGUCCAAGCCUCCACAUACAUUCAAAGAGCCCAUAUGUACUCCAUACGCUGUGCUGCAGAGGAGAAGUGUUUGGCCAGCUCCGCCUAUAGUGCCGAAACCACAGACUACAGUGUUAGGGUUCUUCUGCGCUUCCCUCAGAGAGUGAAGAACCAAGGGACGGCUGAUUUCAUGCCCAACCGACCUCGUCACACCUGGGAGUGGCACAGCUGUCACCAACAUUACCACAGUAUGGAUGAGUUCAGUCACUACGAUCUGAUAGAGGUCAGCAGCGGCCGGAAGGUGGCGGAGGGACACAAGGCCAGCUUCUGUCUGGAGGACACGACCUGCGACUUCGGCCAUCUCAAACGAUACGCCUGUACUUCACACACCCAGGGUCUCAGUCCAGGUUGCUAUGACACAUACAAUGCAGAUAUUGAUUGCCAAUGGAUUGACAUCACUGAUGUUCAGCCAGGAAACUAUAUACUCAAGCUCCAGGUUAACCCGAAGUACUUGGUGCAUGAGUCGGACUACACAAACAAUGUAGUCAGGUGCAAUAUCCACUACACAGGCCGCUUUGUCAAGACAACAAACUGCAAAAUCUCCCAGUAA